AGUAAAAAGAAAAAUUGAGAUACAGCCGGGUAACGAGAGAAAAAUAGUGAUUGUUAAAAAAUAGGUGCUAAAUGGAAUAUUUGGUGUUUAAAUUUUGUUAACUUGAUAAGAAAUUUACACGCAGAAAGCAUAAGUGAAAAUGUUAGAUAUCAUAAAAUAGAGCUCGAUACCUAAACUUAUUGAAGCAAGAGACAAGUUAGGUGGUGAACUUCUUGGGAACUGGUCUACUUUGUACUUUCAUAAAUUUCGAAUAUUACUACAAUAAACAGCAACAUUCCGGCAAUUUUGUUAAGCUGAAAAUCCGUGCACAUGGGUCAGUUCACAAUUUGCAUUUAUAAAUUUCUGUGGCAGUUGCUGCACAACCUUGUCUCUCUGUUUGAGUUUUGUUUGUGGCUGCGUUUACGUUUAAUUGCUUUUGCUCUAUGGUCAUAUGAUCUCUGCCGUACGCCAGCAGAACGAGAACAGAAUGAAUACGAUCUACUGCAACAAUGUAAAAAACACCUAAACAAAAUACCAAAACAUAUUAAUUUAAUCAUUGGUCCAGAGAAUACCCAGGUUAAUGAUGAACUACUAGCACACAUCUUUACCUAUGCUUUACAUAUGAACAUAAAUUGCAUCAGCUAUUAUGAUACACGUUAUACGAAUGCCUCGAACACAUCACGCCUAACUGCUUUAGAAAAACUAAGUUGUCCUAAAGGCUGGAAAAGAAAAAAUGUUGAUACCCAUCAUUCCGUGUGGUAUAUUUGCAAAGAUGAGACAUCAAACGGUUUGGUUAAAAAUGGGAUUAACGGUGUUAAUGGUGUGAGUAAUACACCUAAGUCAACAAUAACAAAUGGUCAUUUGCCUAAGUCAUCAACAACUGUUUUGGAGAAUACAUCAAUAGAGAUCUAUGAAAUCCAACCACAAAAUAAUCACUCCCUUAUAGCGCAAAUAUGUCGAGAUCUUUUCGAACAACGACACACCACAGAAAUACAAAAUCUCCUAAAAGACAGAACAACACUAACGGAACGUUUAAGCGAGGAACUUUCUCAACAUCUGGGGAAUUUAACAGAACCCGAAUUAAGUAUUAUAUUCGAUGAUAAUUUAUGUACAUAUGGUAUGUUGCCAUGGCAUACACGUUUCACCGAAUUCCACCUACACGCCAAGGGGCAACGUUUUGACGUGAAAACUUUUGCCCAAAUAUUAUACAAAUACUCACGUGUUGAACAAAGAUGGGGUAAAUAGUUAAUAUUAUAAAUAUUUUCUUUUAUAUUCUAAUGUCUGGGAGAGAAUGUGCCGGAGUUUAAGGCUUUCUUAAUGGUUUUUAUUUUAAACUGUGAACUAUAUGAUUCUAAAAAAAAAUUAAUUAUGUGUAUAAAGGAGUUUAUAGAAAAGUGAGUUUGUUUUUAAGUUAAGUGCAAGAAAUAUUCACUAUAAAUAACAAAUGACUUAAGUUAAGUUCAAUAUUUAAGUUAGCAAAUUGUAAUUUAAAAAAUUAACUUAAACAAUGAAGUGAAAAUGUUGUUAAUAAACAAUUUCGUAAAAUAAAUUAUAACAAUAAUUGUUAAGUUAAAUUAUGCCGAAAAUAAAAA